AUGGAUCAGGAUGCCGUUAUCGAUGCCGAAACGCGGCUUUGCAACAAUCCUCUGGUCGUGGCACGUAAUGCUUUUUACUCGCACGAUCAUGAUGAAGAAUUGACGCCGGCUUCCGAAAGCCAAUUGUAUGGUGAUAACGAUGAAGAUGGUGACGCCUCUCAGAAGAUGAACACAUGGACGAAGCCUCUCAAUAAUCAACAAGUGCUCGCAUUACUUGAUAGUGGUGCAACAUUUUCUUCUAUUGACGUGAACUUUUUGUGA